UCUUUGUGCACAAAAUUUCCGUGUCUCUUUGUUCUCAUAAAUUGUUAUCUUCAUUUGCAUCCAUACAAGAACGAUCGUGAUGGAGAUUGUGGAGCCUAACACGUGCAUUCGGGGUUGCUGCACCAGCUCCUCUAUCCCUCUGCAUCUCCCUCCUUCCUCCUAUACUCUUCUUUCACCUAUUGCCCGAGGGGCUGAGAGUGCUGUUUAUGAAGGGAUUUUGGAUGGCAAGAAGGUUGCUGUGAAGAAACCCAUCUUGUCUGUUUCUGAAGACAUUAACAAGUUUCAUAAAGAAUUGCAAUUGCUAUGCAAGCUAGAUCACUCGGGAAUAGCAACACUUAUUGCCGCGCAUGCAAAACCACCCAAUUACAUGUUUUUCUUCAAGUUAUAUGAAUCAUCAAAUCUCUCACAGAAGUUACAUGUAGAAGAAUGGGCCCCGACUAUCAAUCAUGCGCUUGUGAUAGCAAUGCAGUUAGCAAAGGCUUUGCAAUAUCUGCAUAACCUCGGGAUUGUACAUAGAGAUGUGAAACCAGCAAAUAUUCUUCUUGACAAAAAUCUUUGUCCACAUCUCACAGAUUUUGGUUUGGCUGAGUACAAGAAUGAUAUUAAGAGAGUUUCUCUUGAGAAUUGGAAGUCUUCUGGAAAACCUACUGGUGGUUUUCACAAAAAGAAUAUGGUUGGAACACUCGUUUACAUGGCACCUGAGAUAUUAAGAAAGGAGUUACACACCGAUAAGUCAGAUGUAUACAGUUUUGGGGUAUCAAUCAAUGAACUCCUUACUGGUGUUGUGCCAUAUACCGAUCUUCGUGCAGAAGCACAGGCCCACACAGUGCUUGAGAUGAACUAUACUGAGCAGCAACUAAUAGAAGCUGUUGUUUCUGAUGGAUUACGGCCAGUCCUUGCCAGUAAGGAUUUUGGUAUACCAUCAAGAUUAUUAUCUAUGAUACAGAAGUGUUGGGAUACAAAUCCUAAAAGUAGACCUUCCAUUGAUGAUAUUGUCAAGGAACUUGAUUUUAUCAUUGAGCACAGGAGGAAAAAGAAGGUAGAAGAUAUGCACAUCAGAGCUUGUAACCUGCAUGUCGAUAAACUGGUGGAGGAAACUCACCUUCAGGCUUAUCAAGAGACUAUUAGCUGGUCGACUCAAGGUGAACUUUUGGCCAGUGCAUCCCGUGACACUGAUUCUGGUUUGAGCACAUGGCUUGAGUCUUACGGUGAGCCUUUGGCAUACAUUCCAAGACUCUCAUGGGGAUCUUAUGCUACCUGUGGGAGAAGGGAGACUAUGGAGGACACACAUUUCAUUCUGCCCCAUAUUUGCAAUGAAAAUGAUGUCUAUGCUUUUGGUAUCUUUGAUGGCCACAGAGGUGCAGCAGCUGCUGAGUUUUCUUCUAGAGCUGUACCAGCAGUUUUACAAACUUUAGGUUUUAAGAGGAGCCCUGCUGAUGCGCUAGUGGAAGCAUUCCUUAGGACAGAUGCUGCCUUCAUAAAAGAGCUUGAUUCUUUUCGCAAAUCCAACAGAUAUAUUCAGAAGGAUUGGCAUCCUGGUUGUACUGCAAUUACUGCUCUAGUAGUUAGGAACAGGCUAUUUGUUGCUCACAUUGGUGAUUGCAGGGCAAUCUUAUGUCGUGCUGGUAAUCCCAUUGCUCUAACUGAGGAUCAUGUCGCUAGCCGUCUUCAAGAGAGAGAGCGUGUUAUUCGUUAUGGGGGCCAUGUACAUUGGCAAAUUGAUACCUGGAGAGUUGGUCUUCCUGCACUUCAGGUUACACGUUCUAUUGGCGACGAUGACCUGAAGCCUGCUGUAAUUGCAGAACCUGAGGUAACAGAGAGCAACUUAAGUGCAGAGGAUGAAUUUCUGGUUAUGGCUAGCGAUGGCCUCUGGGAUGUUAUGAGCAGUAUGGAGGUGAUAGAUAUAAUAAACAAGACUGUUAAAGAGCCUGGAAUGUGUUCUAAGAGGUUGGCUACUGAAGCAGUAGAACGUGGCAGCAAAGAUAAUAUUACAGUUAUUGUCGUUUUCUUACGUCCAGUAUCUACAGCAGAGAGAAUUUAUUAGAUUUCUUUUUAUUCUAAUUGAAACUUGUCAAAUAUGGAAUAUGUAACUUGUUAAUUAAGUACACUUGGCUUGUCCCAGAAGGUUAGCUCAAGUGGUAAGAGCUAGGGGACAUAAGGUGUUGGUUUUGACAAUUUGGGCUAUCCCCUCCUUUAUCUCUGCUCUUUAUGAUUAAAAUUAUUGUACAAAUAGGGAGAUGAAUGGGUGGGUUUCCAGCGAAGCUAUGCUUGGAGGAGUGUUUGGGGCAUUAGAAAUCAAUGUUAUUAAACUCGAUUUGGUUUGGUGA